AUGGCCGCUAAAGGUUCGCUUGAUGACGAUGAAAAAUGGGAAGCGUUCAAAAAUGGCAUGAAACAGGCGACGAAGAAGACACAUGACGUCCAAGAUUUGGCGAUUAACGGAUUAUUCGUCCUAAGCCUUUACACAGGCCGUAGCGACUCUCUCUGGAUCGAAGCGCUUUCAAAGUUCCACUACAUUUUCAAAGAGCUAGAAACGGCGUUUCAAGAAAACAAGGAGCUCGAAGAUUUCGACAUCCCUGGAAUUCCCGUUUCGCAUUUGAUGAAAGAAGAUGUUUGUCAAUUUCUUUCAAAAGACGCUCCUCCUCCUUCUCCGGCGACAACAGAAUGGAUACGAAACAUCAGAAGCUUACUGAAAACUAGUCCAAAGUCUGGGCUCUGCAACCUGUGUGGAACCCUGAGUCAGGGCCCACAUUAUUUGGGGAAAGCAGCUUUCAGAUCUUUCAGUACCCUGACUCAGGUUUCUACACAGGUUGCCGAGCCCAGUCAAAAGCUCGUUGCACCGUACAUUUACCAUAUGUUCCUCGGCCUUUAUUCAGGAGGCAAAAUUUUGCGUCACAAAUUUAAGCUCAAAGGAGAAGCGGUGAAGCUCGAUGAAAAGGCAAACAACGUCAAGCCUGCAUUGAGAGCAGCUUUCAAGAAGUUGUUCCUCGAAAACUCAGAGUUAGAGAAUGAGUUUUACGCUCACUCGGAGAAUAUGUUUCGUCUCAACAACAAGAUUAUCAAAGAAUGUGAGCUAGGAACGAAUAAGCUCAAGAUUCGAUUCGGCGUCAUGGAGAACAUCAAAAACGUCAAAAUCACCAAUCUCGAGAAGGGUCGUUUCGUCAAACCCCUCCUCGUCGAUUUUGAACAAGACGGCAAUGCGCGAAAAUGGGAAAUGGUCAAAUUUGGCAACGCCGUCUUCAUCGUCAUUUUCAACAAAGACACGAACUCUUUCGUCCUGGUCAAGCAGUUUCGCCCAGCAGUUUACGCUAGAAAAAUGCUCGAAAGCGGGAGCGAAGAAGAGCUGCCAGCAUCAGAAGGAGUGACGCUUGAGCUCUGCGCGGGUCUGAUCGACAAACAAGGAAAAUCCGUCGCACAGCAUGCGAAAGAAGAGAUUCUCGAAGAAACUGGCUACGAUGUUUCUCUUGACAAAAUAGAACCUAUCAAGCGAUUUGUCGGCGCGAUUGGCAUCGCUGGCAUUGAAAACACCAUGUACUACGCAGAAGUCUCUAACGCCGACCGAAAAACAGCUGGCGGAGGCAUCGACAGUGAAAUGAUCGAUGUUGUCGACAUUCCUUUCGCCGAAAUGAAAAAAAUGGUCACAGAACCAAACGACACUGAGAUGGUGAACUUUGACGCGAAUUUGAUGAUGGGAGUUUACUGGUUUCUCAAUUCCAAAGCUGCUUCUUACAAUCUUUGA